CAUAUAUUCUUGCCUCCCGGUCCGUUUCUGCCACAAACGAUAUUGGAGAGCCUUCAGAAUUCAGAAGCCUAAAGAGUAAUGCGAAGGAAGUACCUGUUGUAUCGCUUUUGGCUUCAGCAUUAUAUCUCGGGUUGAGGAAACAAGUACGCCAAAGCGCAAGAACCCGUAUCCUAUUCGAUCUAAAUUCCUCAUCAAAUUAA